CGAGGAAGAGGGUGGAUUUUUCCUUUCCAUUCCGCCGUCAUCGUCGCCGCGCGCGUCACAAUGGAGAGAGAAUAUGCGUACAACGCAGCAUUAUCAAAGUUGUAUGGCAAUACACAUACGGGCUUUAUAUUUUAUUGUAUUGUAAAUACAAAUAAAAUAAAUCCCGAAGUGCACGGUCGCUUCAUUUAACUCAUACUCGAUUUCUGGAGCCAGUCAGUGCGACGGCAAACAUAAAAGCCAUUAAACACGAAUUCCAUCUGUUUUGUGUGUGCGAUCCAUUCGAAUAUUCCAAAGUUAGUUGAAGACAAUUCAAAGUUUAGUUUGAGAAAAUAAGUGUGGCGAACGUUUCAAUAAGCUGAUAUCCACUUGAAAAAAGACGAAUUGUGAGGUGGUCCCAGAUUUUCGUUUGGUAUUUACUUAUGGACAUAUGACGAUUGAACAAUGAACUUCUCACCAUUUGGAAAUCCAUUCUCAGCCUCGAUUUCGGGCAUUCAUCAGUUUGCAGCUGGUGCUCAAGACUCAUCGAAUCGUUAUCACAACAGUUCGGCAUCAUCGAAUGUUCCAAAUAUGAAUCAUUGCAAUCAAUCGAAUGUGCCGAUAUUGCCGAAAUUUCGUGGCGAUGAUAAUUUGAGUGCAAGUGCGAUGACACAAAAGUACAAUGGCCAUGGCAACAGUAAUUCGAAUGUUAGUACCAAUCCUUAUCAGCCGAAUGUACCCGCAUACACACCAUCGGCCCAUUUACACUCGAACAGCGAUGAAAAACAGCGCCUUGCAAAUUCUUACCAACAAUCGAAUACAUCGAAUUCACAAGGUCAUCAAUCGCAACCAGAACUUACGCAAGAUCUUUGCAAUGCACUAUUGAACCAACAAACGGACGCCAAGAGAGUAUUGCAAAAUGUGAAUUCUGGCUGGCAAUCUUUGACACCGAGUUCAGCAGUUGCUGAUUAUUUAUCACAUUUACCGGCCAGCUUGUCCUUGCAUCAUUUUCUCAAAUACUCGGCGGAAAGCAUCAAAAAGGAAUCGCAAAGUCAGCUAUCGAAUAUUGAUAUGACACACACCCAGAAUUUGGCACAGGGCUUAGGAUUGAACUCCUUGAGUUCGAGCUUAUUAUCGAAUGCAGCCAUUCUGAAUCAAAACCAACAGAGUCAUAUGUCACCGAUGCAAUCACAGUCUCAGCAACAGCAUCUUCCCAUUCCACAAACUCCAAAUGCCCAACAACAAUCCCAUAGCAAUGGAUCGAGUUCCGGCAAUAACAACUUGAUUCAAUCGUCUUCGGCAAACAAUGGUAAUCAAGCUCACAAUCUUACAAACAAUGCAAAUGGCAAUCAAAACGGUAUGAACAAUGGCAACGGAUUGAAUGGCAACAAUACGACUUCGUCGAAAGCCUCAACAGCCACAAAGAAAAAGAAGAAAAAGAAGCCACCGAAGGAAAAGAAACCACGACCAAAACCAGGCGAAAUUCGACUUACAACUGCACUUGACGGCAGCACUCUUUAUGGUUGCCCUGAAUGUCAUAUGGUUUAUCCAGAAAGAGGUCUUCUCGAGGAGCAUUUGGUGGGACAUAACUUAGAACGAAGAUUCAUUUGUGACAUUUGUAAUGCCGCAUUGAAACGCAAAGACCAUUUGACACGCCACAAACAAUCUCACAAUUCCGAGCGACCUUUCGUAUGCACGGUGUGCAUGAAAGCAUUCAAACGCAAGGAACAACUCACUCUUCAUUUUGUCAUUCACAGCGGUGAAAAGCGGCACAUUUGCCAAGAAUGUGGAAAAGGCUUCUAUCGAAAGGACCAUUUACGGAAGCAUACCAGAUCUCAUAUCGCUCGACGGGUCAAAGCUGAACUUUCUCAAACAAAUCAAUCGCCCAAUUUACUAGCAGCACAACAGCUUCAGAACCAAGGGCUGACCCAACAUCAAUUGCAACACCAACAAAAUAACACUUCCUUCAGUUAAAGGUCUUCAAAUGGCUGCAGCCAAAAUGUCAUGACUUUCAUUAAGUCUUCAUCAUAUUAUCAUAAUUUUUUGCCCCCACAAAAUAACAAGUAUUCAUCUUAUUUCACUUCAUCGGUUCAAUUCUUGAUCGGGACUCUUAUGCAAUUCUAAAUUGUACAAUAAUCACCAAUGGCGUUUUUGUCUAUCUCAAACUUUAUGCGCAUAAUUUAUUCCUUUGAUGUAUUUCAAGUAUAGCUUUGUAAGUUUCUAAUCAUAACAUACGCAACCCUUUUUUUAAAUUCUCUCGCAAUGCCGACAAAUUUGGCUCAAGCACAAACGAAAAUCAACAAUGAAAAACACUACAAAUCGUGAAAAUGAAACAUCUCAGUGAUUGUGAUUUUUAUAUUUGUCAUGAAGAAAAAUAAAACGUAUAUAUUUCGAGAAAAAAAAA